UUUGUCCUCAUCCCACUGUUUGAGCGAUAACGACACUAUAUUACUGAGCACCACGUCGCGUUAGCGGUAGUUCGGGGUUCUGGUUAGUUGCUAAGUGUCCAACGCACAAACAGCAGCUGUUUACCUAGCUAGCAUUAGCGUUGUUUACUUGUCACUCUAAAGUCCGACCUCGCAGCGUCCGCGCGUGUAGCGUUACAGCUGACACGGGACCGCGAUCACCGUAACCUUGACAGGCUGAGGACGGUGGAGCGACAAGCUUCUUAUGUCCUAAGACACUAUGGGCGCACAGCUCAGAACCUGAAACCCAUCCAACUUGAAGAUGCCUGGAUCAGCCCUGACUAGUUGCUUGGGCCCGUGGCCUAAAGAUGUGGGUAUUAUUGCCAUGGAACUGUAUUUCCCUGCACAGUACGUAGACCAGGCCGAACUGGAGCAGUACGAUGAAGUGCCAGCGGGCAAAUACACGGUGGGCCUGGGCCAGGCCCGCAUGGGCUUCUGUUCUGACCGCGAGGACAUCAACUCCCUGUGCCUGACUGUGGUCCAGAGGCUCAUGGAGAGGAACGGCCUGUCCUACGACAGCGUGGGUCGACUAGAGGUCGGCACCGAGACCAUCAUCGACAAGUCCAAGUCCGUCAAGACGGUGCUCAUGCAGCUGUUUGAGGACUCUGGGAAUACAGAUGUGGAGGGCAUUGACACCACAAACGCUUGCUACGGUGGUACAGCUGCACUCUUUAAUGCUGUUAACUGGGUGGAGUCCAGCUCAUGGGAUGGCCGCUAUGCUUUAGUGGUAGCUGGGGAUAUUGCCGUCUAUGCCACAGGAAACGCCCGGCCUACGGGUGGUGCUGGGGCAGUGGCCAUGCUGGUCGGACCUAACGCUCCUCUGGCCUUUGAACGAGGUCUGCGAGGCACACACAUGCAGCACGCCUAUGACUUCUAUAAGCCGGACCUGGUGUCGGAGUACCCCGUGGUGGACGGCAAGCUGUCCAUAGAAUGCUACCUGAGCGCCUUGGACCGCUGCUACUUGGUGUAUCGCAACAAGAUUCAAGCUCAGUGGCAAAGAGAGGGUCUAGAGAAGAGCUUCAACCUGGAAGACUUUGGUUAUUUAGUCUUUCACUCCCCGUACUGCAAGCUUGUCCAGAAAUCGUUGGCCAGGCUGAUGCUGAAUGACUUUCUGAACUGUCCCAACCCCAACACCGAGACUGGACCCUUCAACGGCCUCGACGCCUUCAGGGACGUACGGCCAGAAGACACCUACUUCGAUCGGGAUGUGGAGAAAGCGUUUAUGAAAGCCAGCGCAGACUUGUUUGAGAGGAAGACAAAGUCCUCUCUGUUGAUCUCAAAUCAGAAUGGAAACAUGUACACACCUUCUGUGUAUGGUUGCCUGGCAUCAGUUAUUGCACAGCAGACGCCCUCACAGUUGGCCGGGCAGAGGGUUGGAGUUUUCUCCUACGGCUCAGGAUUUGCUGCUACUCUCUAUUCCCUCAGAGUCACGCAGGACUCCACGCCAGGAUCGAGUCUGGACAAACUUGUGUCAAGCCUGAGUGACCUCAAAGUCCGACUGGAUGCGAGGACAAAGGUGUCGCCGGCGGUUUUCUCUGAGAACAUGAAGCUGAGGGAGGAGACUCAUCACAUAGCCAGCUACGUCCCUCGCAGCUCGGUGGAGGAGCUCUUCCCAGGGACCUGGUACCUGACGCGGGUGGAUGAGAAGCACCGGCGUGAAUACGCCCGCAGGCCUCUGGACAACGGGCUGCUGGUGGAUGUGGAGCGCGUUCACGCCAGGAACACGGCCGAGCACAUUCCCAGUCCGGCUAAGAAGAUGCCACGUAUCCCCUCAGCCAACAGCGGCCAUGACACGGCUGUCAGUAACUGAGAGGCUGCAGACACCUCGGAGGUACAGAAACUAGACGAACCUCACAGUGACGAUGGAGACCUGUGCACAGCUGGAGACGAUUCUCUCCUUCCACCUGAUUUCAUCAACUUUACGUUUACAUUUUUACAAAUUUACAGUUUAUGCAGAAUGCACCUUUUUGUAUGUGGGAAGGUGCUGACAAGCCUGCUGUUCUGGCAGCUGGUAACAGGAGGAGGAAAUGGACAUGACCAUCAUAACUGCUGCUGAGCGGCAGCAGUGACGUCAUUCAGGACCUUUGGCUCCUACAGGAUGCAGCAGCUUCAUCAGGAACCAGGGUGCGAGUCUAGUGGACACGUGCUGGGUCUUCUUCUAAACUGCUGGUCUCAAUUUCAAUCAGGAUCUGUAGAUAUGUGCACAUGGACUAACUAUUUAUGAAGAAGCUACAAGUGUUGGCUUAGUUAAUUAGUAAAUUAUCUGAAGUUACUCUGUUCAGUUCUUGGCUGUUGGUCAAAAGAGCAGAUGUGCUGAAAUCUAAACACUUUGUUUCUGAAUCAAUCAAACAUCGUCAUCCUAAACCUUUAAUUACAUGUAAAGUCACACGUUCACGGCUUUGAUGUAUUCAACUGCAGCAUUAACAGUGGGACAGUGAAUUGACUAAGGCUUCAGUAAGUAAAGCUGUGGACGGUUGGUCUCUGGGUUCAGACCAGUGAGGAGUCACUAUGUUCCUGAGAAGCCUUCCAAAAAACAUGUAUGAAAUGUAAACAGACUAAAUAACUCUUAUAAUGUACAGAUAUUUUAUAUUGUACAGUUGCAUUUGGUUCCUCUGAAGUCGGACCCUGCUCCAAUCUGAGUUGGUUUGGUUCCAGGGGCCCAUCUCAGGUUAUACUGUAUAUGUGUAGUAGAUACAUGUAUGUAAACAUGUAGCUUUAGAAUAAAUGAACACUGAACAAACGUG